UCAAAACAGUAGUGUUCACUGACCAUUUUAAAAAUGGAAGAUCAGAUUUGCGCAGUUUUGUUUCGGACUGUGCUUUAACGAGAGUACUAAAAUACAAAUUAUAAAGUUAUGUAGUCGUUUUCUUCUUUUCGUAUCUUGUAAAGCAUGGAGACAACCCCGAUAAAACCAACAGCAGCUAAUGAAACUACGCCAAACGCAGAGCAGUCUUCAAACAGGUCCAGUGCUACAAAGUUCAUGAGUGCUUCGCUGAGGGAGAAGUUAAAAAGAUCUCGACACUCGUUCAAGUCUCCCCUCAGUGUGGUAAAACGACUCAAAAUAGAGGAUGACACUGAGCUACAGCCUUCACAGCAGGGAGAAGAGAAACACGGUGUCAAAGACGACAGAGACUCUACAGAUACUGAUGUCAACAGGAAUGACAUGAAGCUGGAGAGAGACUCAAACCACACAGCUGAGCUCACACAAAAACACCCCAGUCAGCAAUGCGAAGCGCUGAGAAAAGCGGUGAAGGAGAGAACAGAAACCUUGAGGAGAUUAAAGAUGGUCAAGAUGUACAGGAAAAAGAAUGACUUGAAUGAGUUGCAGAGACUCACAGACAAAUGGAGAUCCUGUUCUCAGUCUGUGCUGUAUGAACUACAGAAAGAACUGGCCACAGGUGGAAAACAAGCCAGUCUGUCGCAACUUAUUGACAGCUUUGGGAUUGAUGACAAACUGCUGCACUUUGAUAGGACAGAGGAAGACUUCACAGACACGUGAAUUCAUUUCAGUUAUUUUUAUUUACAUUUCAAUCAGGUUGCAG